CGCAGUUUGUCUUUUGUGCUAAGCCGUAGAGUGGAGUCUGGAUCUGACAGUGUUGUCGCUUCCCUCUUCCCCGGAUCCUUUUAAAACUCCCUCCCGAACCUCUCCCCCUUCCACCCUUGCCACCAUACCCACCCCCCGAUCACUUUCGAACGGACCACUCGGACGAUCAGCGUGCGACCAAAGACUCACUCCGGUGACAGCAAUGGACUCAACACUGGUUGAAGGAGGACUAAAUGUCACUCUCACCAUCAAGUUACUCAUGCAUGGAAAGGAGGUUGGAAGCAUCAUUGGAAAGAAAGGAGAGUCGGUGAAGAAGAUGAGAGAGGAGAGCACGUGAGGCAUCAACAUCUCAGAGGGAAAUUGUCCAGAGAGGAUCAUAACCCUGGCUGGACCCACCACCUCCAUUUUUAAAGCCUUUUCCAUGAUCAUCGAGAAACUGGAGGAGGACAUCAGCAACUCCAUGACCAACAGUACGGCCACCAGCAAACCACCAGUCACCAUGCGCCUUGUUGUGCCUGCCAGCCAGUGUGGCUCGCUCAUCGGCAAGGGUGGCUGCAAGAUCAAGGAAAUCAGAGAGUCAGCAGGAGCUCAGGUACAAGUAGCGGGGGACAUGUUGCCCAACUCCACAGAGCGUGCCAUCACGGUCGCAGGGACGCCACAGUCCAUUAUCGAGUGUGUGAAGCAGAUCUGUGUCGUCAUGCUCGAGUCUCCACCCAAAGGAGUGACCAUCCCCUACAGACCCAAACCCUCAGGCUCUCCAGUCAUCUUCGCAGGUGGUCAGGCCUACGCUGUCCAAGGGCAGCACGCCAUUCCACAGCCUGAUCUCACCAAACUUCACCAGCUGGCCAUGCAGCAGAGCCCCUUCCCCAUUCCACACAGCAACCAGGGCUGCUUCCAAGCUGGGAUGGAUGCCUCUGCACAGACUGGUUCUCAUGAGCUGACCAUUCCAAACGAUCUCAUUGGUUGCAUCAUCGGCCGACAGGGCACGAAGAUUACUGAAAUACGUCAGAUAUCGGGCGCUCAGAUCAAGAUUGCCAACCCAGUGGAGGGCUCCACUGACCGACAGGUCACCAUCACCGGCUCCCAUGCCAGUAUUAAUCUGGCAGAGUAUCUGAUCAACGCUCGGCUUUCUUCUGAAGCUACAGGCCUCGCUGCUAACUGACCUGGAGGAUCGUCGUCAGCGCCUAACGUCACCCCCUCCCCUACUUUUUACCAAGAGGUCCCUCGUUGAACUAAAUGCAAAAACCAAGUACUACAAAUCCACUGUUUUCUCCUCUGCUUUUGUUAGACUUCUACUCCGUUGUAAAUGACGGCGUCAUGGCGGUAUUUGUAUUUUAUUUAUUUAUUAUUUUUAAAUCCCAGUUGCGUUAAGUUUUUAAAAGCCUUGCUCCGGAUGUAUGUUUUACUUUUUAUUUUGUUUGUAUGAUUUUUCUGAGAUGAAAAAAAAAAACAAUUUUUAGAAAAAUCUGCAGAGACAUAAUAAUGUUUUUUCUUAUGUCAGAUUUUUCUUAGAAAAUAUAAAAAAAAUGAAGAAAAAAAAAUCACCAUAACAUUAUAGACGGACUGUUCUUGAAUUUUCUUCUUUAAUAUCUAUUUAUUUUUAUUUAAUACACAGUUGGUUGUCAGAGUAGAAGUCAUUGAUGUGUUUGACAUCUUCUGUUUUGAACGAAUUGAGUUGUGGGAUUGAACAUGUUUCAGUGGGUGGGAACGGAAUCCCUGGUUUGGGACAUUUUCCAGGAGGAGCCUUCCUUCAGUCAGAAGGAAAAUGUUCCCAGGUCGAGUGGGAACUUUAAGCUAAUCGUCGUCUCGCCUCUGAUUUUUAGGUCGUUUGUGUCAUUCCUGAGUUUCCAUCCGUUUUUAUUUCCUGAUCAGGGCAUAAUUGUAUAUUGGAUAUUGACUGACUGGGUGGGGGGGGGCAGGGGCAGGGGCUGGGUUAGGAGGAGGAGGAGGAGUGGGCCUGAUCCAGAGGAAAAUAUUUUCCUUUCUCUGACGUUACUAAGACCCUUGGAACGAGGAGAGAGACGAUAACAAUGAAUUGUUUGUUUUAAAUAGAGAAAAUAUUUUUUUUAACUUCAGGGCUGGGGAAUGCUGCAGAGGGGCAAAUCAAGCAGACAUUGGUCUUUAUAAGUAUAUUAUGCUACGGUAUUAAAUUAUGACGAACUAGAAGGAGAACUAUAGAAUUAACACUAGUUUCCUGCUAUCCUUUUUCUUGCCUGGGUCAGAUUUUAUUUUUUAUUAUUAUUCUUUGCAGGAUGAAGAAACUCACAUUUUUUUGUGCACGUUUUUCCAAAUAUUGUAGAUUGGGGUGCAAUUAAAUUGUUUAAAUGAAAUGCAGAAAUAAAAUGAUCUUAAAUGCUUUAAUUAUUGUCAUUUUGUAAAAAAAAA